AUGGCACCGCCUGUGGGUUUCAGCGGCCGGCGGCAGUUCGACGUGGCGUGCGGCGUGCUCAGCCGGUGCGUCAAGAAGGCGGAGGCCGCAACCGCUGGCAAGACGACGAUGGCGGCGGCGCCGGCAGCGGCAGCGGCUCCUACCACGGCGCCGCCUACGACGAUGCUGCUGAUGCCGGGCGCCGACGUCACGCCGAACGUCAGGGAGGAGGAGCCCGAGGCCGAGGCGACGCAACUGGCGCAGCUGACGAUCAUGUACGGCGACCGCGCAUUGGUGUUCGACGACUUCCCCUCGUACAGGGUGGCCGAGCUGGUGCUCGUCGCCGAGCGGCCACGGCCAGACCUUCCCGGAGCCGGAGGGACGACGACCACCGACAUCCCAGUGGCGAGGAAGGCGUCGCUGCAGCGGUUCAUGGAGAAGAGGCGGGACAGGCUCGUCGCGCGCGCGCCCUACGCCGCCGCCCGCCCGGCCCCGGCGUCGUCCAACGAGGAACGACGGAACCUGCAGGCGGGCGAACAAGACGCGGGGUCCUCCUGGCUUGGCCUUGGUGCUCCAGGAGGGUGCGCGUGCUGA